AUGAUAUAAUCCCAAAUAAAAAUAAAUAAAUAUUAUAAAUGAGGUGCCAAUCAUAUCCCCGAAAACUUGCAAAAAAGUAGUGGGAGUAGAAAUUAUAUUUUAAAGAGUGGAGGUUCACAAAAAAGAAAUACUCGAGUUGGUGUUGACAUAAGCUUUUGAGCAAAUUGUUUGUAGUGUGGAGGAGGUGCGUGUGUUUGUAGCGUGUCUUAUAUGAAAAAGUUGUGCUUCUGUUGUUUGUGUGGGCCCCAUGGAUCCUCCCAUACAUUGCAUCUUCAACAACCCUUAUUCAAUCAAUUCUCUCUGUUAAUGAUUUGCCGUUUGCCACCGAACAACAACUUAGUUUCAUCUUCCUUUCAUUUCAUUUCAGCCCAAAGUUCAAAUCUUGAUUUGCGAUUCAUCGCUUUCGAAGGAAGUUCUUGACAGACUAAAAGGAUUUGAUUUUGUGGUUUUAGGUUUUAAGGUGAAUGAAUGCCUGCUAUGUGUUUGAUCUAAAGCCUGUGUGACAAUACUGGCGGAUUAUGGAAGGAGAUCUGUCUUCAAGAAAUCUGAUGCAGAGCAACACUUCUUACAUCGGUUUCAAUUCGCAAGUUCCAAUGCGAGUCCAUCACCAUCAACAACAACAACAACAACACAACAACCCUCAUCCUAAACAAGGAUCUUCGUCUUCAUCGAUGAUUUACCCCACGAUACACGAGAAAUUCCCCCUCCCGAUAAUCGGAACGAUUCAAGAAGAUCAACCCGUUUCUUUAUUAGACUACAACAAACCCAAUAUGCCCAAAUCUCCAAGCGAAGACGAAGAGCCAAGCUUCUCAGAAGAACCAACCAAAGGCAAGAAAUCCUCUUCCUCUUCACCGUGGCAGCGUGUGAAAUGGACCGACGCUAUGGUGCGUCUCUUGAUCACAGCUGUUUCCUACAUUAGCGAGGAGGCAGCAGAAUACAGUGGCACCUCGAAGAGAAAAUGCGCAAACUUACAGAAAAAGGGUAAAUGGAAGUCCGUUUCGAAAGUCAUGGCAGAAAGGGGGCAUUUCGUUUCGCCGCAGCAAUGCGAGGACAAAUUCAACGACCUCAACAAACGGUACAAGCGGCUGAACGAGAUUCUAGGAAGAGGUACUUCUUGCGAGGUUGUAGAGAAUCCCUCCCUUCUAGAAGUUAUGGACCACAUUUCAACCAAGGCAAAAGACGAGGUGCGAAAGAUUCUCAGCUCGAAGCACUUGCACUACGAGGAAAUGUGCUCCUACCACAACGGGAAUCGGUUGCAUUUGCCGCCCGAUCCAGACUUGCAGCACUCUUUAAGAUUGGCACUCAGGAACGAUGAAGCUGAAGUGAAGAGGCAUCACUCGAACGAAGACAAUGAAGAGGUCGAUCAAGAAGAUAACGAACUUGUUCACGAUGAUAGGGCUUACGUCGUGCAAGGGAACUCUGCAAAGAAGGUGAAGCCGUGUCGGGGGCACGAGGAGUUUCAUCACCGGGGCUCUUCAAAAUCGGAUAAAGUGGUAGCUUUUGAAGGCGGAACGACGAAAAUGAAUACGGUGACCGCGAAUAGCUGGAAUCUGCAGAUAGAGGAGCAGAGAGUGCAUAUAGAAGAGCAGAUGUUGGAACUGGAGAAAGAGAGGUUCAAAUGGCAGAAGUUUUGUCAGAAAAAGGAUAGGGAAUUGGAGAUUAUGAGGAUCGAAAUCGAGAGGAUGAAACUCGAGAACGAGCGUAUGGCUUUGGAUUUGAGACGAAGGGAGAUGGGUAUUAUUGACAACAACUGAGAUGGUUUGUUGGUUGAGUUUUUCUAAGUUUUGUUGUGGUGCAAUAAACCAGUGUCUCUUGAUUCUUGAUUAUGUCUUUGGAUUGAAAGAGAUGCAGUUCAUAGUUUUAACUGUUA